UCGACGCGCGUGCCGAAGCCUCCUGAGCUCGCCCGGCCUGCGGCUCCCCCGGAAAAUCGAGGCGGCGGCGCUCGCGCUGCCCCACCCCGCAGGACCUUGUCUCAAGGGCAGCACGCCGUACCUAGACGCGCGUGCUGCCCCCAAGACCAUGAUGCGCCUCCUCGCCACGGCCACGGCCGCACAUGCCCUGCUCUUCAGCCCGACGCCCGGCGUCCUCGUGCUCAGUCCGGCGCUGACGGGGCCGCGGACGACCUUCUCCGUCGGGCCCCACGCGGGCGAGUCGUACGAGCGCGUGUGGAGGGAAGAUCCCCAGUUCUGCGUCUGGGCCUUGGAACAGCCCGCGCCGCGGGCGGAACUCGAGGACUUCCAAACUUGGUUACGGUCUGUGUGGAAAUCAACCAGUGUGUCGGGUGCACCGAUAAUUCUCCACUAAGUCAUUUCUUGACGAUGACGCGGCCGUGCUGGCUCCGUCGAGCGGUGAGAGACCCACACCGCCACGCCAUCGAGCAGGUGUCGCGUCGAUGGCGUGGAGGACGGCGCGUCGUAAAACUUUGAUUUCCACACAGGUUACGGUCGAAGAGCAAGGCCCGGCGCGCCCCGGUCAAGCUCACGAUGCGACGCCCGAAGCCCAUCGUGCCGACGCCCGUGUCCUACCCCGACACGCUGGAGCCCGACGUGGUCCUCCAGCACCAGGAGGUGCCCGUCGUGCACCAAACGAUGAAAGUCGCCGCAAGGAUCCUGAAGUGGACCGCGAGCCUCGUGGCCCUGCUCCUCACGCGCGUCCUCGUCGGGACCUGCGCGCGCGCCGUCCGCGCCGCGCUCGCCGCGGCCGACCGCGCGUGA